AUGCCUGAAACAAUUUACAGUCUAGUGCCUCAUGUGCCGGAUGUGCCGGUCAAGCCGCCAAUGUACAAGUCCAGACAUGAUCCCGUCUGUGUCCUGGCGGGUUCGACAUUUGGCGCCUUCGGUACGACACAGCCGAUAGGGGCGGCGGUGUUGAAGAAACAGGCAUCCGGCACUUUUGGGCCGCCUGUGGAGGCGCUGCGCAACGAUCCAGCCAAGUUCCUGAAGAAGGGGACCAAAACGCAAACGGGCACGGGGGCGUCGGGCGAUAAGGACUCUGGCGGGGAUGCAAAAUCAUCAAAGAAAGGUCCUGCUCCUGCCUUCACGUAUCCUGGCGAGAGGAAAGCGAUGGUACCGCGGCGAGAUGAUUGUCCGGUGACCGGCAUCGUGAGCAAGGCCAACUUCGUCACCGCCAACGCGGUCGACACGAUCCUGGCGGUGCCCCGACGCGUGGAUCUGGAGCCCGUCAACUACCUGGAGAAGGAGGACUACGGGAAGGUUCCCAAAUACCUCCAACAGGUGAAGAGCGAGAUCACACGCGAGAACGCCAUGAUCGACAUGUUCGUCAGGGAACAGAUGGGUCUCGAGGUCGGCGAUGAUGAUGACCACUUGGAGGAGCUGCGAGAGCGAGAGCGCACGGAGCUCUUGCACGCCCUCAAGGCUAAGUGGGAUACCGUCAACAAGAAGUACCAGCUGAUGGCGCACAUGGUGAACUUGGACACUUUCGGGAAACUACGUCGCAAAGAGCAAAUGGAAACGCAGCUCAAGGGUCUGGAGAAAGAUAUUGAAAAAUUGGAAAAGACACCGGUCCUCAUUCGCCCAUGA